GUGUAGCAGUUACGUGCCCUGCGAUCUUGUAAACCAGUUCCACGGGAUUCGGAGGAUUCUUUCUUAACAGUCAUAUUCCUGGAACUGGUCCGGCGAUGAGAACUUUAACUUGGUUUAUUUAAUUUUAAUUUUUAAGCAUAUGAUUUGUAUUAAUUUUCCAAUCUCAUUUGCAAGAUAUUUUUUGUUUGUCAUGGGAAUAAAUUAGAAUCGCUCUUCUGCCCGCUACUCUUGGAAAACCCAUGCAGUUGGAUUGAUACCUCCUUGCUUGGCGAUUUCAGGACAGACCGCGGAUUAUUGCGUGCAUGUGUGCUCCGGAAAGGACAUCGGCAGCGGUGUGAGUCGCCGCGCUCUACGGAAUGUGCCCCCUUCCCAUCGGACCGCUAAGGGGAAUUAACGCUAUCUUGUCUGAAUGAAACACUAGUUUUUUUUUCCUUCUUGCAUGCGCGAGGAGACCUGGAGCUAUCCUGGUGCGCUGGAGCAUCCGCGCUCGGCAAUAGCGACGGCUUGUCUGCCGUGGUGGGACUGAGCUCGGAACAAGUCUCUCCGUGGGGGAUUUGAUUUAUUUUUCUGCAACUGGAACAGGAUUACAGAGUUUGGUUGUGUGUCAGUUUGUCACAGUCAUUCUCUUUGGUGAUUUAAAACAGUUUCCCCCGUUAUUAUCGUAAUCUCAGAUUGUGACAAAACGUGGUGUACAAUAAUGGGGGACUCGAUGUGGAGAUACUAUUUUGGAGUUUUGUUCAUUGCGUGCAAGGUGAACCUGUCCCGGACACUCAUUUUAGAGUCUAUCUAUUGGAACACGACAAAUACCAAAUUUUCCCAGGGACAGGGACUGGUGUUGUACCCUCAAAUCGGGGACAAGAUGGACAUUGUGUGCCCGCGGGUGGAUGGGGGGGUGGGCGAGGGGGUGGAGUACUAUAAGCUGUAUAUGGUGCAGCAGGCGCAGCUGGAGAACUGCGCCAUCACCAAAGCGGACACGCCCCUGCUCAACUGCGUCAAGCCCGACCAGGACGUCAAGUUCACCCUCAAGUUCCAGGAGUUCAGCCCCAACCUGUGGGGCUUGGAGUUCUUCAGGGGACGCGACUACUACAUCAUCUCGACGUCAAACGGCACCAUGGAGGGGCUGGACAACCAAGAGGGAGGCGUGUGCAAGACCAAAUCCAUGAAGAUCGUCAUGAAAGUGGGUCAGAGUCCUUCUGAUCCAGUUUCGGCCAAAGAUUACCCCACCCGGUACCCCCCCAAGCACCCGGUGGGAGGGGGGAAGGACCCCAUCAGUAAAGAGAAUGAUGUGGGCGAUAAACAUGGCGACGCCUCCCAGCGGGGCGAGCCCAACGGAAAGGGCGGGAAGCCGUCCAGCAUCAUCGGCUCGGAGGUGGCGCUGUUCGCGGGCAUCGCGUCGGGCUGCGUCAUCUUCAUCGUCAUCAUCAUCAUGCUGGUGCUGCUGCUGCUGAAGUACCGGAGACGGCACCGCAAGCACUCGCCCCAGCACUCCACCACGCUGUCCCUCAGCACGCUGGCCACGCCCAAGCGCGGCAGCGCCGGGGGCAACAACAACGGCUCGGAGCCCAGCGACAUCAUCAUCCCGCUCAGGACUGCAGACAGCGUCUUCUGCCCGCACUACGAGAAGGUGAGCGGGGACUACGGACACCCCGUCUACAUCGUGCAGGAGAUGCCCCCCCAAAGCCCCGCCAACAUCUACUACAAGGUCUGAAGGGCUGAGCUCACAGGCAGCCAGGGCGACCGGCCAGCGACCACCUCGUGUCAUUACUAUUAUUGUUACUAUUGCUAUGGUUAUUAUUAAUAUUAUUAUAAUGGUUGAUGUUAUGACUGUAAAUUGGGUGGUCUGGAGCGCUCCUGGACUGCCGCUGGGUCGGUGUUGGGGUGCCUCUCCGCACCGCAGCGGCCUGCGUUGGGCCGGGAUACAGCGGGGUGCGGGUGGGGAGGGCAGAGGAACAGAGGCUGUUCGAUCCCCCCACCCCCCCCCAAAAAAAAGGAACGUGACUCUACUACACCUCUAUGCCUGUAACAGGAUGGCAGAGAGAGAGAAAGGAAGAAAGAAAGAAAGGGGAAGAAACGAAAUGAGAGGAUUGGCGGACCGCUAACCCCGUUUUUCGUGUUUCUUUCGCCCGAGUUAUUUUUCUGGAGACAUUUUAUGAAUUUAAGACGGAGAGGAGAAAGCGGAGAGUUAUGUCUGGACGUUGAUGCCAUACUCUCCCCUCGGACGCUCGGAGCACUCUUGCCCACACACACCUUUGUUGAUUACUUCAGGACCUUCUUUUUUUUCCUCACCCUCACUGUCCACCAUUAACUUCUUGUGUCAUUUGUUUUCCUUUCCGUUGUUACUUGAAGGUUUAAAGUGUUUUUUUUUUGUUUUGUUUAAUGAGAGGGUUUCAUAAUGUACCUCCCAUUUCAAGUACCACAUACAGAUUCUUUUUAAACCUUGACUUUGACACGGAUCCGUUCCGCUCGUACGCGCAUGCUGGUCGCGCGUCGCGUAGCCAGACAGACGACUCGCACGCGGUGAACACAGCCGAGACGCAGAGGGGCGGGAGGAGAGGCCGGAGAGGCGUUAGCUGAUUGGACGAGGAGCAGGCCUGUCCGUCCCUAAUUCUGUACAGGAGGCUCUCUGGUGGCAAGGGUUGGGACAAGAAGAUGGCGAGGGAUUCGCGCUUUAUUGGACGCCCAGUAGUGGUGGCUCUGCUGUAAAGCAACCAAUCAGAGCUCACACAGAGUGUUGAGCUUGGCCGGGGAUUAUCGUAUAGAUGACCUCAUUGUUUGCCCCCUAUGUGUCGGAGGACUGAAUUACAAUGGAAGGGGAUUGGCAUCUGUUGGAGUUGUUGGGUUGGGACAGGCAAUAAGAAUUAAAACCUUGCCUUACUGCAGUCCAUGUGAAAUGGAGCCCUACUCCUGCUGAGUAUUGGCCAUGUGUCUGUGAGCAGAGCAAGAGAGGCUCCGCACAAGCACAGGAAUACCAGCCACAAACCCACUCAUUUAUCUUCAUCACCGUCUUAUUUUCACCAUUCUUAGCAGAUUGAUGUACCUUUUAAAGGAGAGAUUUGAGCAGACAAGGAAUAAAAAGAUAAAAUAAAAAAUAAAAAAGAUGACUAUUUAUGAUCGAGACACAUAGCACAUGUGACAAUGUUUUUAGUUUUUUUUGAGGAUGGUUGAGUGUGAAAGUAAAUAAUAAUUUAUGGUAAAUGCACAUUAUGCAAGCUAGGUUUUUUAUGAUUGACAUUAGUUUUCAUUCGCAUUUUAAUGGCUCCCCCCUUUAUGUCUAAGUUGCCUUUUUAAAACCCUGGGCUGGAGAAGGGGGGAGAGGGUCAGAAAAAUAUCCGUGAUCCAGGACAGGUAAAAUCAGUGUAAAAGUCUCUCUCUGAGCUCUACAGCGGGUCAAAAGGGAGGCAAAGCAUCAGCCUGGCAGAGCCCGCUGAUUCCACUGCAUAUCCUCCUCUGCUGCAUUGUAGCUUUCCCCAGAGGAUUCCCGGGAACAAAUUCCCACAAUUCCCUAUGGGGCUUUCCUUCGUUGUUUUGUAUGCUUGUGUGUGUGCGUGUCUGUGUUUGUGUGUGUGUGUGUGUGUGUGUGUGCGCGUACCACUUUGUCAAACAAAACACAACUAUUUUUGUAUCCGUCAUGCAAAUUUCAUUUCUAUUCCUCACACCUUCAUGACGUGUCGUAAAAAACCAACGAAGAAGAAACAAAUGGAUGAGUGCGGACAUUUCACCCUCGCUUCACCACUGUUCACAGACGCAUGUAUUCUUUUCCAUUCCUCCAUUCAGAACAUGACUCUUACCACAUAAAAAAGCCUUUUGUGACCUGAAAUUGCACCUCUGUUGGGGCUGCAGAACCUGCAAAUAUGCAAUUUUUAUUCGUGUUUUGGUUUUUAGCAAUUACGAAAAGAUAUAAAAAGUGUUCUUAUGGUAAUGAUGGAAAAACUCAUUAUGUGAACCUACUGUUAGUUCAUUGUUUUCUUUCAAUUUGUAUUAUUUUCCUAAAUCGGUCCCUUCAGUAUCUUGUUUGACUGUGUGCUGUAGUUAAGAGGUAAACUGUGAAAAAAAAACAAAUGCAUCUGGUUGAUUACAAAAGGAAAAAAAAAAGAAAACAGAAAAACAAAAAACUGCUGUUGGCUUCCUGUCCACCUGGGACAGAAUAUGACAAUCUUAUUAGUUUCUUUAAAUCUGAAGACCUUACCCAGCAAGCACAAUACAUUUAAGUAAUGUUGCUGUGUUGUUUCAUCAGCUUGAUGGAACUGGCUGCAACGUUACGAUGACGUUGAUAGUUAGCUGGGCAUUGCGUCUUCAGGCUGUUUGUAAAAUGCCUUGCUCUUAUGGUCAACCCUGGUCACUUGACUCUGAAAUUUGCACCGUACAUCUGUAGUUAAAAUAUUGUAAAUACGUUAACGUUUGUAUUGUAUAUUGAACCUGGGUUGUUACGAUAGCCUUAUUCACCUUUUAAAAAAAAUCAAUGUGGAAAAAGAGAGAAAAACAAGAGACACAACAUGAAAACGAUGUACUUUUUUGGUUACCAGCUUGUGUAAAUAUGGAAAACGAAACCUGAUAAUUUUUUUUAUAAACUCUUAAGUAAGAUGUUUUGUAUAAAAUUUGAAUUUUUUGCAAUGUAUUUUAGCUAGAACUCAUCAGAAAGCCUGUACCCCUCCAUCCCCCCUUUUGCACUGUUUCAUGGAAAUUUGGUUUAAAAAAGAAAAAAACUUGCCAAACCGACUGCUGCAUAUUUGUGCCAUAGGUGUGUACCAUAAAUAUUUAUUUAAUUAGGUUUUUUUUAUUUGUUUUAAUUUUUGUCCAGUUUGUAAGUAACAGUAUUAUGAUUGAGUUGUACAAGCCUCCCUGGUUUCUUUAGUCUGUUAUGGGUUCUAGGUGGUUUUAGUCCUGCCCUCCAAGGCUGUGAAUAAUGACACACAUUCCACCUGUCUGUUACAAGCGGAAAUGGUUUUUCAAUAAAAUGUUUUUCCUAUGGAAA